CUUGUGUAUACCCUCAUCGACUUCAACAUUCGAGUAUUCACUAUUCACAAUAGCAACAUGACACGAAACUUACCUUUCAAGCUUGACGAUUCGUCUCUUCUUCACGAAGAAUCGCUGUUAGACGGCCAAUGGGUCCAAUCUCAGUCUGGAGAACGUUUUAGCGUUGAAGAUCCUGGCUCUGGUCACAUCUGGGCGGCCAGUCCCACCAACAAAGUCUCCGAUGUUGACAAAUAUGUUGAAUCGUCACACGCUGCCUUCCAAAGCUACCGCCAUGUCAAUCCUCGCCAACGAGCCAAGAUCCUUCUCAAGUGGCAUGAGCUAAUUACAAAUGCACGACAAGACAUCGCCAAGAUCGUCGUCUUCGAAACCGGAAAACCGAUGGCAGAGGCUGUAGGUGAGGUUGAUUAUGCCCUUGGCUUCGCUUGGUGGUUCGCCGGCGAGGCUGAGCGUAUCAGAGGCUCCAUUGCUCAACCCGCUAUAUCUGACCGUCGAACUUUUGUCAUCAAGCAGCCAAUCGGUGUAUGUGUUGCCCUCGUCCCCUGGAACUUCCCUGUUGCCAUGAUUAUCCGCAAAGUUUCAGCCGCACUAGCCGCAGGAUGUACCAUGAUUGUCAAACCAUCACCCGAAACACCAUUUAGUGUUAUGGCUCUGGCAGACCUCGCCCUUCGCGCGGGUCUGCCCCCUGGAGUGCUGAACGUUAUCUCAACUGAUAACGCUAAUACCCCAUCGGUCAGCGAGACACUCUGCAAGCAUCCGCUCGUCCACAAGGUCACCUUCACGGGUAGUACUUCUGUAGGCAGUAUCAUCGCAAGGCAUUGCAGUGGCGGGUUGAAGAAGGUCACUAUGGAGUUGGGUGGAAAUUGUCCUUUCAUUAUUUUUGAUGACGGCGAUCUUGAACAAGCAGUCGCAGCUCUUAUGAUACUCAAGUGGCGAACCGCAGGCCAAGCAUGCACCCAUGCCAAUCGAGUCUAUGUCCAGAGCGGCGUUUACGACAAGUUUGCGCAGAUGAUGCUCGAGGCCACCGGCAAGAUUCGCUUGGGACAUGGAGCUGAGUCCUGCUCCACUAUGGGGCCACUAACUACUGCUCGUGGUGUUGAUAAGGUCAAGAAACAUGUCCAAGAUGCGGUCAGCAAAGGUGGAAACAUUCUGUGUGGUGGUAAACAGCCAGAGAAUCUGAAUGGGUACUUUUUCGAGCCAACUAUUAUCUCGGGCAUGACCUCGGAUAUGCUCACAACUCAAGAAGAGAUUUUUGGACCUGUACUGGGCCUGUACAAGUUCGAAACCGAAGAGGAGGUUGUGCAAAAGGCAAAUGACACGUCGAUGGGCUUAGCAUCCUACUUCUUCACUAAAGACGUCUCCCGAACAUGGAGGCUUUUGGAAAGCCUAGAGGCUGGAAUGAUUGGGAUGAAUACUGGCAACGCUUCUUGUGCCGAGUCUCCAUUUGGUGGAAUCAAGAUGUCGGGCUAUGGGAAAGAAGCAGGCAAGGACGUGGCUAUUGAGGAAUACCUUAUCCAGAAAACAGGCACUUUGACUGUUGAGGAUAUGUCCAAGCUAUAGGCGAUAGCUACAUAGUUCCUUGUGAGAGGCGUGUUUGGG